UUUAUAUCCCCUGGCAUCGCUUUUUCCAUUCUCGAUACGCACUCGUUCUACCACUUUUGAAAACACGCAAUCGCGCGGUUGCGUACAACUGUCUUAUCACAAACACACCCAUACUUUUGUACUCGAACGAAUUCUCGCCUCGCGACCUUCUUUUAUUUCUCAGUUUAUUCCUAUCGUUUUUAUCUCCGCGAAGAAACCCUCCCCGCGACCAAACACUAUACCGAUCGAGUCCGCGUCGCACGUAUCCUCGAGGCUUAUUGUCGGCGCGGUGCGCGGAUUCAACGAUUUCGAUCCCGCGACUUUUUUCGCGGUUUCCUUCCUCCUUAAUAUCGCUAUAUUUGUACCCCCUUCUCGGAAGGCAUUAAGAAUGGAAAUGGGGAAAAAUUUCUUGUGCCUCUUCGGUGUUCUUCUCACCGCGAGGAUUACGCUCCAGGCCUCGUCAUCAACUUCACCGUACUACGUAGGCGCGGCUGUCGAAUACCAUCCAGUGACCAAGGGCAACAAUGGAACUGCUAUCGUUGAAGAGAAUCUCAAGAACUACUUAAAGAUUCUGAAGCGAGCCAACGAUCAUGAAGUGGAUAUCAUAGUAUUUCCGGAAGGAACAUUGCAUUCUACUAAAGCAAAACUUGACUUACCACCUGCCGAUUUCCGAGCCGCGUUUCUGCCCCACAGUUCUUUCGUGCCUGACCCCAAAGAUCAUGUCACACCGUGUAAGAACGAUUCGUCAAACGUCAUGCAGGCACUCAAGGCUAUAUCUUGCACGGCCAAGCUAUACGCUAUGUACGUAGUAGUUAACGUGCACGAAAAGGAAACGUGCGCAAACGAGAAAAUACCAAAAGAAAGAUGCAACCCGGACGGUCAUAUGCUGUACAAUACGAACGUUGUGUUCGAUCGUCACGGUGAAGUUAUUGCAAGAUACCGAAAAUACAAUCUAUUCGGUGAGGUCGGCUUCAACAGACCACCCAACGCAGAGCUGUCAACAUUCCGUACCGAUUUUGACGUCACCUUUGGACAAUUCAUAUGUUUCGACAUAUUGUUCGGAAACCCGACGCUCCGAUUGAUAAGCGAAGCCAAAGUAACCGACAUUGUCUUCUCGACUUAUUGGUUCUCCGAGCUUCCCUUCCUCGUCGCAACGCCUGUACAAUCUGCUUGGUCUUAUAUGAACAACGUUAAUCUCAUUGCCUCCGGUUACAAUAACCCGACGAGCGGAAGCAGCGGCAGCGGCGUCUACGCCGGCCUCGAAGGCCCCAUCGUCAAACUCUUAUCCGACAAACGCGCCAAUGCACUCCUCGUUUCUAAAAUUCCAAAACUCGUCAACGGACGUCGCGACUAUCGCCCCACUCCUGCCGAUUCCACCACUUAUUUCUUCACCAAAAAUGAAAUCCCGACGAUCGACGGACCCGAACCUGUCCCCCAACUUUCAAUGCUCAAAGACAACUUGACGCCCUAUAAAACUGAAUUGAUCCCGAACACGAAUGGCACUCUUUCGCGCGUACUCUGCGAUCGUGGACUUUGCUGCCAAUUUUCUACUGACACGACUCAUCACAACAGCGUUGGACAGAAGAACUCUAAAUAUUUCAGAUAUCGCUACGCGGUCUUCAAUGGGGUUCGUUCGUUCGCGACGGUAAUUUCCGGUGGAGUGGAAGUUUGUGGAAUAAUAUCGUGUACCGACGACACUCCGGCGAGUUGCAACCGCAGAUUCGACCCCAACGACAUAAUCGUUCACCCGAUAACGUUCAAUUCGAUUCUCAUAUCUGGUGAUUUUACAACUACUGGCCAGAAUGUCUCCCGAAUGCCAAUUGCGAUGAACACGGAUUUCCAGCCUUUGAACGCCAGCGACAUUGAAUUGAAAACGGAGAGUAUCAACCAGACCCAUGAGAAUUUGAAAUUUAGUUUGAAGAAGAGUCGCACGGGUAUUAUGACUUUCGCCAUUUGGGAAAGAGUUUUCAGCCGUGACGGGUCACCGACGACUACAUCAUCCGCGAGUCAAUCAUCGCCGUUCGUCUUUAUGCUCGUGAUCCUCGUUAUUUUCGGUGUCUCAAACACCGACGCUGUCAAUCCACUCCCAAUCGUAGCGUGAACAACAACCAACAGCGUCGUAAUCAUCGAUUGAUUAAUCGUGUAUGCAAAAAACAAAACAGAAAAUUAACAAACGAACAAAACAAAUAUGCGCCGUUCCGCCACAAAACGAUGAUAAAAUUAUCAUAAAUAUACAUAUAUAUGUUUGAAUAUAUAUUCACAUAUAUUUUUUGUGCUGAGCUGAGAGAAGGAUCGCCCGGAAGUUUCAAAAGUAUGAUUAAUAAAUAAUGAAAAUGUACCAAAACAAAGGGAACCCACACCUCAGACGAAUCAAACUUUCGAAGGGCGAUCGCGGACAAAGAUGAGCUAAAUGAAAAGGGUACAAUUUUUGAAAGUUUUGAGAUUAUGAUGAGCGCGCGCUCGUAUCAGAGACCGGGGGGGGGCAAUGAUUUUAUUUUCAAAAAAGUCGUUAAUCUUCAAACAGUUUUGAUUAGUUUUUAAUUAUUCGACGAUAAAGGUAUUCUAAUUUUUUCUAUAAUGUUUUCUCAUUUCGUUCGUUCGUGUUCGUCCGUUUGAAAUUCUUCCAAUCAAGAGAAGAGAGCUCAAAAGUUUCUUCAAUUUUUUUCAACAAAUUGCAAAAAUGUUUAUUGCUUCGCCUGUCUCUGAUAACGCGCUGGCAAAUGCGCUUUGAUCGUUGCUAUAAAUCGAGGUGGCAUCGAGUCGAACCAUUCGCAUUUUCCAUUCAAAUGGACAAACAUAAGAGUAGCAUAACGCUUGGUCUAUUCGCCGCAGCUAAAAGCCGUUCAUUCGCUUAUCGAAACGAGGACGAGCUCCUCUCCGAAGAGCCUUAUCGAUCCCUUCGAUCGUACACUUUGAAUUUCGAGUGGGAGUCAAAAAGACCACAAAAAAAAAGGCAAAAACGAAAAGGAGAUGUCGCUUCGGAGUUUAGAUUCCGUCAUCGUUGAGCUACCAAAAAAAUAUUUUAAUUAAAACAAAAAAUGAUCGUGGCCUCGAGGCAAGCAAGCCGUGUUCGAACCUCGGGGUUAGUUUGUCUUUCCGUAGCCCAUUAUUCGAAAACGUCAAUACCCUGCCACCUUAAACAUUAAUUAAGACGCGAAUUUAAAUAAAUAUGAAAAAAAAAAAAGAACAUUUUUUCCCGAUAGACGUAUAUCAUAAUAAAAAUAAUAAUUAUCAUUAUUAUUAUAGUAACAACAAUAUGAAUAAUAAUGAGGUGAAAUAUAAUAAAGUUGGAAACAAAAUCCCUUGAGUACCGUCUCAAUAUACACGACUCACUAUUUAAUCACAGUCGAUUAGUUCAACAAAAAUUUCACGAAAUAGUUCCUUUGUCGUGCCGCUUUAAAUCUGUACUUAAUUACUAGACCGAUUAAACACUCUAAUCGUUAAAAAAUAAUUAAAACAAACAAGCAAACAAACAAAAAAUAAAAACUAGACAGAAUCGCAAGAAUGUGUUGUUGUUUAUAGAGACGAGAAAUAACUCAUCGAGUAGCCGUUUCAUAGGUAGGUUCGUCCGAGAUACGAGGCCAAAAUUAUUUCAUCACUGUUGAAGAACAAACAACGAAAAAAAAAAGAACGAGAAAAGUGGCGUAUUCCGGGUAUGAUUAUAUGUAUAUUGUUUAGUGUAUAUAUAUAUAUGAGUAUGAUAUAUAUACAUUAAUAUACACGCGCAUACAUACAUCCAUCAUGUAAGAUGUUACAUAGUAUUUAAAUAAACGAUUAAGUGAAA